AUGGACAGUCUUGACGACUUGUUUGGCGAUGCCGAUGCAGAUGGCAUCAACGCUGCUAUCGCUGCCUCGCUCGAUACUGAUGCUCUUUUCCAACGAAUCGAACGUUCUCACAUCGUAGGCUGCUGCCAGAGGCUAGCAUGGUCCAGGACAAGUUGCAUUGCACAGAUAUCUGCAGACUGUCGCAAAGUCUUUGUGCGUGCUCUUCACCGCGACAGAAAGACCACCAAAUGGGCUCUGUCCGGCGAGACCGAAGUUAAUGCUUCAGAAGAUGCCUUUUUUACCCACGUAGAAUGGAGCAGCUCGGGUCUUGAUCUUGUAGUUGCAGAUCAAUACGGUCGUUUCACUCUCUUCACUUUGACCCAUGCAUUGAACAGCCUGGAGCGUCGUCCUUGCAAUCUGACCAGUGCAGUCGACGAUCUGAACCAAGUUGUUGGCCUUCACUGGCUUCCACUGAAUCUCGCUGGCCAAACACGGACUGCCCUGAUUCACCCUGCCGUCAAGGACGGUAGUCGAUGGAGCAACACGAUGAGGCUUCACGACAUUCAUGGUGUCUCGAAUCCCAUCGAUAACAAAGCAGCGUUCCUGUGUGUCACUCGCAGAUGCCAGCUUAAGCUGAUCUACGAACAACCCAGCCAGCCGUGGUCACAGUUCGUCAUGACUCUAGACGACAUCACGGAUUCUGGAGACAUUCUUACCCAUGCUGCCUUCUGCCAGGCCAAUCAACACCUCGUGAUGGUCACAUACGACUCAUCUAAACAAUUGCGUCUAUACAAGAUUAUGAUCAAUUGGAAUGCCAACGCUGGUGAGGGAAACAACCACAAAGCUACAAUAAGUCCUCAAAUGGCUAUCCUGCACGUUGAACUACUGGAUCGAUGUGUGCCUCAAUCAUCAGACCGAGCAGCAAGUGCUCAACUAUCAUCAUUACAUAUCGAGCCACAGUCACAGGCUAUCGAUAAUACUACUUUCACUGUCAUAGCCGUCUUCACCAGUGCUGCGCAAGACCACGGCGGCAAAUACAGUAUCAUAUCGAGAUGGGAACUUCAACAAGCCGAUACCACAUUGCAUAACAGCUUCAAAGACCUGAAGCCGACAGCUGCUCAGCCUGUUGCUGCUAAGCCCGUACAGAAGCUGCAUCGAUUGGACGAUGUAUUUACACAAAAGGCUAUACUGACACUCCAAAGUAAUGUCUAUCACAAUACAUUUGCCUUUGCAGCAAGCGAUGGCACAGUCGAGUUUCGUUCACGCGAAACUAUGCAAAUCAUAGCAGCGGAUGGAGACACGAACAAAGCCACAAGUCUAUCACAGAAUGGAUUCUCAUUUCUGGCUUCCGAUUGUGUCGAUAUCUCCCUAUCGCCUAGUCUAGCAACCUCCGUCAUAACCAAGCCAGAUGGUACCAUUCAACUACAUAAUGCGGAGUACUUGCACGGCUGGAAGGAUGCUACAGAAGAUAAUGAUCUCGCGCAAGCCGCUAUCGUAUCGCUAGCCCGCGAACUUGGAACUGUAACCUGCUACCAGAUCGGGUUCGACGAUCUGCUCUCUAUGAUUCCGACAGACUUGGAUAGAAGUCUUCGACGAAGAUUCAUCAGCGAGAUCUUCCGUACGAUCAAUCGCAAUCUCGACUUCUCACUCGACGAUCCCAAGGUGCAGUCAGGCAGGGUCAUGAAAGACAGCCUUUUGUACCGAAUUGCCAGUGCACAGUUAAUAAUAAGCUAUCACACCGAUCCUUCACGACGAGAUGUCCCUGCCAAAGUGGCUUGGGUGCUGCUCAAUCUUCGCUCAGUGUGCACGAACAUCGCACAGACCUUGACCAUGACUCAGCAAAUCAGAGGAAUGGCCUCUAUGGAGCCAGGUUUGUUUGUCUCGCUAAAAGGACUCGUCAAAUGGUCGCUAGACUUGAUGACGUUGAUCUUUGAUGACAUGAUUGAACUCAUGAGAUUUUGUAAAGGAAACUUUGACAAAGAGAGAAUCUUGGCAUACGUGCACGAGAGGAAUACUGCUACUCUGCAUCUGUUACUCAACAGCACAUCUCGUGCACUGUUGGGCAUGUUGGCGAGCCUCAUCAAGAGUUUCGCCAGCCGCAUCGCCAAGAUUCAUGAGAAGGUGGCGGUCAGCAGCCGCUCUGGCGAAAUUCGAGACGGCGUCGAAUUAAAAAACAUAGAGGCAAUGCUAGGUCAAGAUUUGCCUUUUGACCUCAGACAGUUCGAGCAACUCGUCGCCGAAGUUGACGGCAAUGUGCGCGCCACAUAUCAAGCUGCACAGUCCUCGCCUCCGCAACGUAGUUUCUGGGAGCAGGGCAUGCUGGUUGAUGCUGGCCUUCCUGAGGUACUUAGUCCUGUUCUACAAAAACUAUUCAGUGAGACAAUACCUCGGCUCGAGAGCCAGAUUGACGGCGUAGCUAUCUACACUGCAGACACCGCAUGGCUAGGUCUGGGCGAGGACGAAGAAGCAAAUAAAAGAGCGGCAAGGCAACAAUACGAUGUGCUACGCAAGUGCGCCAUUCCACCCAACGCGAGGGUCAGACAGUGUAGGCGAUGUGGCAGUGUUAUUGAGAACAUGGCCGAUGGGCACAUGGCUGCUUGGGUACAGAACGCACACAAGAUGUGCAUUUGUCUCUCGCACUGGAUCGUCGCUUGA